GUGCGAGAUGCAGAAGGAGCGAGAAGACGCAGGAGAGGCGGGACUGGCGGGGCUUCCCCUGAGAAGGUGAAGGUACGCGAGUGGGGGCCAGCCAGAGGCUAGGUUUGGGGGAGAUAAUGGGGAAAAAUAGAGGUGCCAGAAAGAGCGGUGGGUCACUCGUCCUCACCGCCAGUGCGUGCGUGCGUGCGCGUGUGUCUCCCUCCCUCCCCUUUUUCACCCCACGCUAUCAAUCUCACCUCCCUGCCCUUCUGCCUCUCACUUCCCUCUCUUUUCCUCUCCAAGCAUCCUCCCCGCCAGCCCGCGCCGCCUCCUCCUUCGCACUCUCCCGCGACCAAAGGGACCCUCUGGGGCCAGCCGGAUCCAGCCUUUCAGGGCAGUCGCAUCCCAGAACCUGUUAAGUGGGAGCCCGCAGCAUGUGGAACGCGACGCCGAGCGAGGAGCCGGGGUACAACCUCACGCUGCCGGACCUGGGCUGGGACGCUCCCCCCGACAACGACUCGUUUGCCGACGAGCUCCUGCCGCUCUUCCCCGCGCCGCUGCUGGCCGGCGUCACCGCCACCUGCGUGGCACUCUUUGUGGUGGGCAUCGCGGGCAACCUGCUCACCAUGCUGGUGGUGUCGCGCUUCCGCGAGCUGCGCACCACCACCAACCUCUACCUGUCCAGUAUGGCCUUCUCCGACCUACUCAUCUUCCUCUGCAUGCCCCUCGACCUCGUCCGCCUGUGGCAGUACCGGCCCUGGAACUUCGGCGACCUGCUCUGCAAACUCUUCCAGUUCGUCAGCGAGAGCUGCACCUAUGCCACGGUGCUCACCAUCACCGCGCUGAGCGUCGAGCGCUACUUCGCCAUCUGCUUCCCGCUGCGGGCCAAGGUGGUAGUCACCAAGGGCCGGGUGAAGCUGGUCAUCUUGGUCAUCUGGGCCGUGGCCUUCUGCAGCGCCGGGCCCAUCUUCGUGCUGGUCGGGGUGGAGCACGAGAACGGCACCGACCCUCGGGACACCAACGAGUGUCGCGCCACCGAGUUCGCGGUGCGCUCCGGACUGCUCACGGUCAUGGUGUGGGUUUCCAGCGUCUUCUUCUUCCUGCCCGUCUUCUGCCUUACUGUGCUUUACAGCCUCAUCGGCAGAAAGCUGUGGCGGAGAAAGCGCGGCGAGGCGGCGGUGGGCGCCUCGCUAAGGGACCAGAACCACAAGCAAACCGUGAAAAUGCUGGCUGUAGUGGUGUUUGCUUUCAUCCUCUGCUGGCUGCCCUUCCACGUAGGGCGAUAUUUAUUUUCCAAAUCCUUCGAGCCCGGCUCCCUGGAGAUCGCUCAGAUCAGCCAGUACUGCAACCUGGUAUCCUUUGUCCUCUUCUACCUCAGCGCUGCCAUCAAUCCCAUCCUGUACAACAUCAUGUCCAAGAAGUACCGGGUGGCAGUGUUCAGACUUCUGGGAUUUGAACCCUUCCCCCAGAGGAAGCUCUCCACUCUGAAGGAUGAAAGUUCUCGGGCCUGGACAGAAUCUAGCAUUAAUACAUGACCGAGCACAUUGCUGAGCAAAGUCAUCGCUUAUUCUAAACCGGAAGCCAUAGCACAGCAGAACUUGGGAAGAAGUUGAAGGUUAACUUUGGAAUUAGGAACACAUAGAGCUGGAAACAAUUGGGAGGAAAGAAAAGAUAGAACUUGCAGCGUUCUAUUUGACUGCACGCUCAUCAGUGCUCUCAUACACUCUUUCUGCGUAUUCACUGUCUAUGAUUUUGCAUUCUGCUGUUGGUGCUAGCAAGGACUUGGCAAUUUGGAGAAAGGAGGGUGUGCAGAGGGGCAAUUAGGGUACUUUGUACUGUGUAAAUACUAAAUCUGAUUUACUUGUUCAUAGUGAUAAAAAAAUUUUGAUCAAGAGAAUGACAUUAAAGUGAAACAUUUAAGACAUAUCUUUUAACUACUAGCAAUUUUCAUAUAGCUCCAGAUCAGUG